CCCUUUCCUGCCCCUCCCCUCCCAUGUGCCUGCUCGGGGGCAGUCCAGGCACCACCGGCAGGGCACUCUGGGCAGCUGGGUGAAGGCCCAUCUGGGCAAGCCUCCCCCUGCGGCCGUCUUCUCUGGGGCCCCGCAGCAGGCCUGCCCGCUUCACUUUCGGGUUUCUCCCAGUGUCUUCCUGCUCCUGUCUGCUUCCCCAUCCUGCCAGGUUUCCAUCUUCCUGUUUCCCUUCCUGGGCUGGUGGCAGUGGGGGGCUGUGCCCGGUGGGACCCUCGGAGAUGCUCAGUGCUCUGGAUUGCCGGGACCGGCCCCCUGAAGAGGGGACAGCUGCAAGGCUCCAGGGCUUCGCCGUGGACAAGACCUUCCUCUCCUCCCUCAAAGGCAUUCUGCUGGAAACUGAGCUGGCCCUGACCUUCAUCAUCUUCAUCUGCUUCACGGCCUCCAUCUCCGCCUACAUGGCGGCUGCGCUGCUGGAGUUCUUCAUUACGCUCACCUUCCUCUUCCUCUAUGCCACCCAGUACUACCAGCGCUUCGAUCAGCUGAACUGGCCCUGUCUGGACUUCCUCCGCUGUGUCAGCGCCAUCAUCAUCUUCCUGGUGGUCUCCUUUGCGGCCGUGACCUCCCGGGAUGGAGCUGCCAUUGCUGCUUUUGUUUUUGGCAUCAUCCUGGUUUCUGUCUUUGCCUACGAUGCCUUCAAGAUCUACCGGACUGAGAUGGCACCCAGGGCCUCCCAGGGGGACCAGCAGUGACCCUGGGGCUACUUGGCUUCCAAGCCCAGCCAGGAAAGGGCGAUGGCAGAGCCCAGACACAACUCCUUUGGAUUUACUAGGUCCCCAGCCUCCGGUCCCCUACCCCAGGCCUACUGAGAUGGACCAGGCCUGAGAAGUCACCGGGGACUUGUCUGUGGGGCCUCAUGCUCUGAAAUCUGGCUCCUAAUGAAUCUUGGCCAGGGAGGGGAUAUCAUGGAUAAAGGGAAAGGUGCAGGAGGAAGCUGGUCAUUCCCAAAUUAAAAGAUUUGAAUCCUG